GGUCCCAGUUGUCUUGAACGCACUGAGGUCGUAGGUCCGAGAUUUCGUAGUUCCAAGUUGUCGUAAACGCAACAACACAGUGGAGGAGAAGACAAAAUGGAAGGCUGUGUAGACAUUUUCCUACGACAGAACACAACUGGAUAACCAGUAAGGUCUACCAUGGAGGGCUUUAUGGAUAUCAAUGAGAUCCAUGACAUCACUGGCACUGAUACAGAGGAGCACAGAAUAGAUGCAGAGCGGGUGGAGGGGGCCGAGAGGAGUGCUCGGCCGACCAUCAGCGAGUUCAAAAAGACCUGGGGCUUCAGGCGGACCACGGUUGCCAGAAGAGAGUUUGUGGGAUUGGAUGAGAUUGAAGAUCCAGAAUCUCCACCCCUACCCACACGUCGGGGCAGAGGCCGCCCAGCCAAGACCUAUUCAAGACGUGGGCGAGGGGGGAGAAGAAGCGUCCCAGCAGACCUGGAGUACUCUGGAACGGCCUCCCCAAUUCCAAUGGACACAGAGCCUUCCUCAGAUACCCAAGAGCCCUGCCCAGGUGGCAGCCUAGAUCCCACCUCUUGGCAGGACUUUGGAUCUGCAUUUGGCACUGCUUUUUCUCUACUUGGGGAGAAGGAGGAGGACUACAUGCCCAUGACUGCUCCUGCCCAAACUAUGGCUGCCCCUGCCCCUAGCUAUGGGGCUAGUAGGGUCGUGGAAGUUGCCUCCAGUAUUGAGGAGGACAGUGAUGAGCUGACCCUGAAGCAGCUCCAGGAGCGGCUGAGCACUAGGGGGAGAGGGGAGUCCAGGGGGAGGGGGUGGGAGGGGAGGGGUGUAGAGCCAGAGUCGAGCACUGCGGAUGAAGAGGAGGUUAUUUUUGUAAAUGAGUUGGAACCGCAGCAGGUGCAUCAGCCUCAGGAGGAAAGGGAGAGGAGUCCUGAGAAUGUUGUGGUAGAGUCUCAAAGCCCUUCUCCUUCUCAACAGUCGAGCUCAGACUCUAUGCCUCCUCUUGAGUCUGAUCCAGAAACAACAGAAGAAAAGGUUAGCCAAAAUGAUAAUGUAACAGAGGCAAAGGACGAGGUGGAAGAGGAGGAGAGGAUCGAGGAAGAAAAGUCGGAGUAUUCUAGCAUAUCGGAUAGUGAGGGCUACAACCCCCAUGCCCUUUACUGCAUCUGUCGACAGAGGCACAACAAAAGGUUCAUGAUCUCCUGCGACAAUUGUCUGGAGUGGUUCCAUGGCGACUGCGUUGGCGUCAGCGAGAUUCAAGGCCGAAAGCUUGAGAGGAGUGGACGAGACUGGAUCUGCGCCACUUGCACCAACAAGAGCCAGAGCCAGCCAGACCCCCAGCAGAGCUCCCCUGACUGCCUGACACUGCCCUACUCGGGGGAGGAGGAGAUUGUACAUGAGGAGCAGGCCAGCGAGGAGGCUGUGGUGCAGGAGGUGACAGAGAUGGUUGCUGAGGCUGAGAUGGAGUUGGACGGUUCCCUACCCCAGUGCAUAGGCUCAGGGUGCAGUAAGCACGCUCUGCCCGACUCCGUUUACUGCGGCACAGACUGCAUCCUGCGGCACGCGGCUGCCACUAUGAAGACGCUCUCCAACUCCAAAGAGACUAAAACCAAGCAACGCCCACAGAGGAGAGCAGCAGCCAAACUCGGCCCUAAGGGUCAGAGGUCAGCUAGGAUGCCCCAGAGGUUGUUGGCAGAGCGGCCCGAAGAGGAGGGUGAGGAAGAGGAGGCUGAAGAAGUUGAGGACAAGGAAGCUGACACAUCUACCUUAUCCUGUGACCCUAGUCUCACUGCAGUACAGGCCACAUCCAUAGAAUCACCUAUGUUUUACAAGUCGACUGGAAAGGCCAGUGAGCAGGUAGAGGUUGAGAUUGAGCCCAUUUCUCCUCAGACACAUUCUCCAGAUAACUCUCCCUCAGACAUCAUCACUGAAUCCUCCCCUCCUCUGGAAAGUGCUCCAGGUAAAACCCAGAGACCAGCAAACAGCUGCAGUGUCUCCAGGAAACCCUCUGUCGAUACAUCCCCUGUCAAACAACCCAAUCACCCCAAAUCCAGCCACUCUCCGACCCUUGAGGCCCCAAGCACCUCAGCCUCCAGACACCACGAAACAGGGGCCCUGAGGAUCGGCAAGACGUCCUUCACCAUCCCCAAGAAGCAGCCUCAACCCCUCGUGACUCCCACUCUACCCUCACCUCCACCCCCCACCCCAAUGAAUGAAACUAGGAUCCUGCCCGUGUCCCCAGCCCCUAUCGCCCCUUCCUCCAGACCCCCUCAGCCAGCCAACAACCAGGUCAGGCAGAGCAUCCAACGCUCUCUCACCAACAUCAUGUUCAAGAGGGUGUGCGACUGUGACGAUUUGGAGAGGUCUGAGAGUGAAGUGGCGAAGCUGGUCACCAGCAUCGAGACGGAGAUGUUUAACAUAUUUAACAAUACAGAUAGCAAGUACAUGAACAAGUACCGAACCAUCAUGUUCAACCUUAAAGACCCCAAAAAUAAGGGUUUGUUCUACAGCGUCAUCCGUGGUGAGGUCAGUCCCUUCAGACUGGCCAGGAUGAGCCAGCGGGACAUGCAGGCUACAAAGGUCUCAGAGCCGAACAAAAAAGACACUCCAGAGGUCCUGGAGUCUGGUCCCAAAGCCACAUGUGUGCUGCCAAAUCCAGCGCCUGAGCCAGUGAAGGUUGAUCUACCUAGUCUUCCCUUUAGGCCAAGUAGACACAUGGAACAGAAGAGCACUCUCCCUGCUACCCCUAAGGCCAGACCUAACCAGUCGAGCCAAAACAGCUCAGUCCCAGACAUCCUCAGCUGCAUGCUGAAAGACACAACUGCCGAGCACAGAGCUCACCUGUUUGACCUCAAGUGCAAGAUCUGCACAGGUCAGAUAACAGUUGAGGGUGAGGAGGAGCCUGUACCCAAGAAGUCUAAACUCUCUGGGUCAUCGUCAUCCUCCACAUAUCCAGACGAAUGGAAAGACAGGCCGUCUCGGCCACCCUGGAUGUAUGCCAGAACAGAUCCCAGAACAGAGGAGAGAGGAUGGAGAACUCCAGCAGGAGAUGAAUCACCCCUCCUUGCACCCCCCGACUCCCCCACCAUGGGUUCCCCUGCCUCCCCCCUAAUGGAGGAUGACUCUGUCUUAACCAUCAUGGAAUCCCCCGCUUCACCCACAAUGGAAUCUCCCGCUUCUCCACCAAUGGAAUCUCCUGCCUCCCCCAUUUUGGAAUCCCCUGCCUCCCCUGUCAUGGAUUCUCCCGCCUCCCCCAUUCUGGAAACCUGCAAAGCCAAGACACCGUCCAGAAUGUAUACCCCAGUCAUGAUUCCGGCUGUUUCUACGGUAACCAUUACAAGGCGUGAUCCUCGCACUGCUGGCAACCGUUCUGCUGUUAUGUCUGGUGACCCCCACACCGCUGGCAACCGCACUCCUGCCAUGGCAACUGUCGCCAUGUCUAAAGUCCCACCUCCACAAGUCUCUUAUGUCCCAGCGAAACAGAGUGUUACUCUGAGCAAGACAUUCAUGCCCUUGCCACCACCCCCAUCCCUUCCACCAAUGCCAGCAUUACCCAAAUCUAUCCUGAUGAAGCCAUCCUCCUCAUCGUUCUAUGGUUCUUCAGGAUCCUCUUCAUCCUCUUCAAGGGCUGUGAACUCCCACUCCCCUCAAGAUGGAGAGACAACCCAGUUCCUGGCCAAGCAGGAAGUAGUGUGGAAGGGCUUCCUCAACAUGAUCAGCGUGGCCAAGUUCGUCACCAAGGGCUAUCUGGUCUCCGGGCCUUCUGAAUAUCUCAAAGAGGAUCUGCCUGAUACCAUACAGCUUGGUGGAAGAAUCAUGCCUCAAACUGUGUGGGAUUACAUCGGGAGAGUGAAGACCUCUGUUACAAAGGAGCUGUGUGUGAUCCGGUUCCACCCAGCGACAGAGGAGGAGGAAGUGGCCUAUGUGUCUCUGUUCUCCUACUUCAGCAGCAGACGGCGCUUCGGGGUGGUGGCCAACAACAGCCGCAGCAUUAAAGACAUCUACCUCAUCCCACUCAGUGCGAAGGAGUCCAUUCCUUCCAAACUCCAACCCUUCGAAGGAUCAGGCUUUGAGAAGAAUCGCCCCAAUCUUCUUUUGGGACUGGUUAUUUGCCAGAAACCCAAACGUGCGGGAAGCUUGCCACAAGAGGUUGAAGAGAAGAGAGCCAAGAUCCACAUAUCCAAAGACUCCAGAGAUACUGUCCUCCCGAGACCCCCUACGCUGUAUGGGUCUGACCCUAGGACGGAGGAAUUCCUGCCCUACGACCCAGCGAUGCCCAUCAUGUCCACCCCUCCUGGUUCCCCUCCUUCCACUGGAUCCCCAUCAGACUCCUCCUCCUCUGGCUCACUGACUAUUCCAUCACUUCUGUCCUCCAUCAGAGCUGCUCUCCCUGCUUCUGCCCCACCCCCCAUCACUAGCACAUCCACCACUCCCCUGCAGACCAUCCUGAAGUCACUGUUUGGGAAGGACUCUCAUGCAGUCCCAGCAGUUGCAGCAGUGCCCCUUCCAACCACUUUGCCCCCUCCCCCAAUGGUAGAUCCGAUAGUACAGCAGUACGGACAGAAAUCCAAAGUCAAAGAGAUUGAGGAGGAGGAAAAUGAAUAUGAUCGACCAUAUGACCCGGAGGAGGAGUAUGAUCCAGCAAUGGGCUAUGGAAGGGUUGCCCCAAUUAAUAUAGAUAAAAUGUUUGAGACGAAUGCUGCCACUCAGGCCACGUGUACAGAUGACGACGACGUGGCUUACGACCCUGAGGAUGAGACUAUCUUUGAGGAUAUGCACAAGGAUGGGGUCGGUGUAGUGAAAGUCCCAGCUCCAACUUCAGCUCCAGCUCCUACCCCAGUCCCAGCUCCAGUACAAGACCCAUUCCCAGAUCCCAGUCCAGCUCCAGCCCCUCUGAGCCGCCCCAUUACUGGUGCUGUGGUUGUGUCAGCCGCUACUCUGACUGAACAACAGCGAAUGCUUGAGGAUCUCAACAGGCAGAUUGAGGAGCAGAAACGGCAGCUGAAGGAGCAGGAGGAGGCACUGCGUCAGCAGAGAGAGGCAGUGGGCAUGUUCAUGGCCCAUUUCUCUGUUUCCGAUGCCUUGAUGUCUCCCCCUACUAAAUCUGGGCUGUCUCACUUACAAACACAGCAGAGUGAAGGAGAGCAGUCUGAGGCAAAUCCUUCAGUCAAUCAAAGAGCUUUGAAAGGUAUUUUGAAAACAGAGGAAACAGAAGUACCAAUAAAACAGGAGAUUAAGAGAGAGACCAAGACUGUACCUCUUUCAGUGUCAAGAAAUGUGGAAAUGCCCAAUGCAUCACCAAAGCGGGUUAAAGAGAUUAAAAAGGAAAGUAUUCAGGCAACAGACAAUUCAGAUCCUGAAGCUGGUGAGAUCCAGGACUCUGAUGUAGCUUACGACCCAGAGGAUGACACUAUCUUUGAUGAGCUGAAAGACACAAAUGGAGAAGAAAAGGCGAAAACCUCAACUCGAUCAGAUUCAGCAAGGCGUUCUGAGCGUUCUCGUGACUCCUCAGUGUCUAGCUCGUGUCGUGGUGCAUCACGCAAUGACACUCCUGAUAAGAGGCGUAAGCGUAGCAGCCAACCAGAUACUCACUCACCGAAAAGACGGGACCGUAAAGUCAGGGACCGCCAAGAAAGCCCUCCUCGUAGAUCUGGCCGCCGGUCCCCUGGACACUCUGAUAGGCGAAGGGAAAGACACAGACGGGGUGAGAGGAGCCGACCAUAUCACAGAGGUCGUCACCACUCUGAGCGCCCAGGCCGCCAUAUCCCUCAUAAAGAGCGUACUUCUCGACGCAGCUCUGGUAGCCAUAGAAGAUCCCCAUCUUCACCAAGACAAAAACAAGAUUCUGGCUCUAGGGGACUCUCAAAGGGUCAAAGGGAGACUUCUCCUCCAGUGUGGGAUAACUCAAAGGGCCCAGAGGCUCCUGAAGACAUGGGUCCUACAAGUCCAACUCCAGCACUGGUCAUGGAGGCUAAUGACUCACCUCAGCCCCCUCUUGAAAGACAGGACAUUGAUGAACCACUGGGUGAUCGUUGUGAUUCUGGAGGUCCACCACACGGAGAGAUUGAGGACACAGGACAUCAAAUGCCUCAUGAGAAUCCCACUCCCCAGAAGCCUGCGGAUCAACAACCUUCUCAAAGCUUGCUGGGAUCACCAUCAAAAGGGCCCAACAACGAGCAAGGCCCCAACAUCCAGCUUCAAGACAAUAGGGAUAGGCCCUCUCAACUGGAACUACUAGAGCAAUGCAGUGUACAGAGCCCAUCAGACAUUAUGAGAGAAAAACAGUUUUCCUCACAAGGUCCUCCCCACAUGGCCUCUCCAAAUAACCAGGGUGAGCGGUCCAGCAGUUUAGAAAGGAGAGAUCCUGAUAUGAGGGAGGGAAGGAGAAACCAAGGACCUGAUAUGAUGGGACCCGGGCCAAACAUGAGGGGUGAAAGGAGAGGGCCGCAAAUGAGGCAUCCAAGUCCAAAUAUCAGAGGUCCAGAACCAGAUAUGAGAAGUCCAGAUAUGAGAGAGGACCACUUCUCACCAACAACUUACUUUGGAGGAAAGAGAUCACCAUCGCCCCAUUUUAAUAGUCCAAGGAUCCCCUCAUCUGUUCCAAGAGGAAAUUUAAAGGAUCAACGGGGAGCACCUUGUCCUGGUUUCCGCCCCAGGGGUCCUCGUACCUCAAGGUGGAUGUCACCACGGUCCCGGUUUGAUGGUCCACAUAAUCCGCUAGUAGUAAGACCCCUAGAGCUGCUCGGAAAACAAAGAGGCACCAACCAGAAUCAUGACAAUGGAGGUGAGCCUAUUCAACCAGAAAUAAAGGAGCAACACAUUGCACAGAGCCCAUCAGACAUUAUGAGAGAGAACCAGUUUUCCUCACAAGGUCGUCCCCACAUGGCCUCUCCAAGCAACCACGGUGAGCGGUCCAGCAGUUUAGAGAGGAGAGAUCCCGAUAUGAGGGAGGGACGAAGACACCAAGGCCCAGACAUCAGAAGUCCAGAUAUGAUAGAACCUGGGCCAGACAUGAGGGGGCCAGUGCCAGACAUGUGGGAUGAUAGAAGGGGUUCAGGGCCAGACAUGAGGGCUGAUAGGAGAGGGCCAGACAUGUGGGAUGCUAGAAGGGGUUCAGGGCCAGACAUGAGGGCUGAUAGGAGAGGGCCAGACAUGUGGGAUGAUAGAAGGGGUCCAGGGCCAGACAUGCAAGGUUCAGGGCCAGAGAUGGGGGGUCCAGGGCCAAUCAUGCGAGGUCUAGGGCCAGACAUGCAAGAUCCAGGGCCAGACAUGAGGGGUGAUAGGAGAGGGCCAGAGCCCGACAUGAGGGGUGAUAGGAGAGGGCCAGAGCCUGACAUGAGGGGUGAUAGGAGAGGGCCAGAGCCCGACAUGAGGGGUGAUAGGAGAGGGCCAGAGCCCGACAUGAGGGGUGGGCCAGACAUAUGGGAUGAUGGAAGAGGUCCAGGACCAGACAUGACAGCUCCUGAAAUGCCAGACCCAGAUCCAGAUAUGAGAAGUCCAGACAUGAGAAUGGACCACUUCACACCAACAGCUAACUUUGGAGGAGAGAGACCAACAUCGACUCAUUUCAGCAGUCCAAGGAUGAUCUCACCUGUUCAAAGAGGACAUUUUGAGGAUCAAAGGGGAGUACAUCGUCCUGGUUUCCGCCCCAGGGGUCCUCGUCCUUCGAGGUUCAACCAGCCCAGAGGCUCAUAUCCAGGGCACUUCCCAGGGGGGCAACCACGGUUCCGUUUCGAUGGUCGACAGGGAGUGGUAAGACCUGCUCAUGCCUCGCUGGUAACACCAAGGGAGCACAGUAUACAGAGCCCUUCAGAAAUUCUGAUAGAAACCCAGAUACCGUCACAAGGUCCUCCCCACAUGGCCUCUCCAAACAACAAUGGGGAGCGGUCCAGCAGUUUAGAGAGGAGAGAUCCAGAUAUUGGGGAGGAAAGGAGAAACCCAGGGUCAGACAUCAGAGGUCCAGAUAUGAUGGGACCAGGGCCUGACAUGAGGGGUGAUAGGAGAGGACCAGGGCCAGACAUGAGAGGUGAUAGGAGAGGACCAGGGCCAGACAUGAGGGGUGAUAGAAGAGGGCCAGGGCCAGACAUGAGGGGUGAUAGGAGAGGGCCAGGGCCAGACAUGAGGGAUGAUAGGAGAGGGUCAGAAAUCAGAGGUCCAGAGAUGAUGGGACCAGGGCCAGACACGAGGGGUGAUAGAAGGCCAGGGCCAGACAUGAGGGGUGAUAGGAGAGGGCCAGACAUGAGAGAUUCAGGGCCAAACAUCAGAGGGCCAGGUCUAGUGCCAGACACAAGGGGUGAUAGGAGAGGGCCAGGGCCAGACAUGAGGGGUGAUGGGAGAGGUCCAGUGCCAGACAUGAGGGGUGAUGGGAGAGAUCCAGGGCCAGACAUGAGGGGUGAUGGGAGAGGUCCAGGGCCGGACAUGAGGGGUGAUGGGAGAGAUCCAGGGCCAGACAUGAGGGUUGAUGGGAGAGGGCCAGACAUGAGGGGUGAUGGGAGAGGGCCAGGGCCAGACUUGAGGGGUGAUGGGAUAGGGCCAGAUAUGAGGGGUCCAGGGCCAGACAUGAGAGAUCCAGGGCCAGACACAAGGGGUGAUAGGAGAGGUCCAGGGCCAGACAUGAGAGGUCCAGGGCCAGACAUGAGGGUUCUAGGGCCAGACAUGAGAGAUCCAGGGGCAAACAUCAGAGGGCCAGACACAAGGGGUGAGAGAAGAGGUCCAGGGCUAGACAUGAGGGGUCCAGGGCCAGACAUGAGAGGUCCAGGGCCAGACAUGAGGGUUCUAGGGCCAGACAUGAGAGAUCCAGGGGCAAACAUCAGAGGGCCAGACACAAGGGGUGAGAGAAGAGGUCCAGGGCUAGACAUGAGGGGUCCAGGGCCAGACAUGAGGGGUGAUAGGGGAGGACCAGGGCCAGACAUGAGGGUUCUAGGGCCAGACAUGAGGGUUUUAGGGCCAGACGUGAGGGGUGAUAGGGGCGGUCCAGGGCCAGACAUGAGGGGUGAUAGGAGAGGGCAAGGGUCAAACAUGAGGGGUGAUAGGAGAGGGCCAGACAUGAGAGAUCCAGGGCCAGACACAAGGGCUGAAAGAAGAAGGCCAGACAUGACAGAUCAAGGGCCAGACAUGAGAGGGCCAGGUCUAGGGCGAGACACAAGGGGUGACAGGAGAUGGCCAGGGCAGGACUUGAGGGGUCCUGGGCCAGACAUCAGAGGGCCAGGUCUAGGGCCAGACACAAGGGGUGAUAGGAGAGGGCCAGACAUCAGAGGCCCAAGGACAGAUAUGAGGGGUGAUAGAAGAGAUCCAGGGGCAGACAUGAGAGAUCCAGGGCCAGACAUGAGAGAUCCAGGGCCAGACAUGAGAGAUCCAGGGCCAGACCUGCAGGGUCCAGGGCCAGACAUGCAGGGUCCAGGGCCAGACAUGCAGGGUCCAGGGCCAGACAUGAGAGAUCCAGGACCAGACAUGCAGGGUCCAGGGCCAGACAUGAGAGAUCCAGGGCCAGACAUGAGAACUCCAGAGCCAGACAUGAGAACUCCAGAGCCAGACAUGAGAGGUCCAGACACAAGGGGUUAUAGGAGAGGGCCAGGGCCAGACAUUUGGGGUGAUAGGAGAGGGCCAGACAUGAGGGUUGAUAGGAGAGGACCAGGGCCAGGCAUGAGGGGUCCAGAGCCAGAUAUCAAAGGACCAGGUCUAGGGCCAGACUCAAGGGGUGACAGGAGAAGGCCAGGGCUAGACUUGAGGGGUAAUCGGAGAGGGCCAGGGCCAGACAUGAGAGUGCCAGGGCCAGACACAAGGGGUGAUAGGAGAGGGCCAGGGUCAGAGAUGAGGGGUCCAGGACCAGACAUGAGAGAUCAAGAGCCAGACAUCAGAGAACCAGGUCUAGGGCCAGACACAAGGGGUGAUAGGAGAGGGACAGGUCCAGACAUGAGAGGGACAUGGCCCGAAACAAGAGGUGAUAGGAGAGGGCCAGGGAGAGACUUGAGGGUUCUAAGGCCAGACAUGAGAAGGUCAGGGCCAGACACAAGGAGUGAUAGGAGAGGGCCAGGGCCAGACAUGAGGGGUCCAGGACCAGACACAAUAGAUCAAGAGCCAGACAUCAGAGAACCAGGUCUAGGGCCAGACACAAGGGGUGAUAGGAGAGGGCAAGGGCCAGACUUGAGGAGUCUAGAGCCAGACAUGAGAGGGCCAGGGCCAGGCACAAGGGGUGAUAGGAGAGGGCCAGAGCCAGACAUUUGGGGUCCAGGACCAGACACGAGAGAUCAAGAGCCAGACAUCAGAGGGCCAGACACAAGGGGUGAUAGGAGAGGGACAGGUCCAGACAUGAGAGAUACAGGGCCAGACAUGGGCUGGCCAGGUCUAUGGCCAGACACAAGGAGUGGUAGGAGAGGGCCAAACAUGAGAGAUACAGGGCCAGACAAGAGGGUGGUUAGGAGAGGGUCAGGGCCAGAAAUGGAAGUUCCAGGGCCUGAAACAAGGGGUGAUAGGAGAGCACCAGGGACAGACAUGAGGGGUCCAGGACCAGACACGAGAGAGCAAGAGCCCAACAUCAGAGGGCAGGGUCUAGGGCCAGACACGAGGGGUGAUAGGAGAGGGCCAGAUAUGAGGGGUGAUAGGAGAGGGCCAGACAUGUGGGAUGAUAGGAGAGGGUCUUCACCAAACAUGAGGGGUCCAGGGCCAGACAUGAGCGGUGCAGGACCAGACAUGUGGGAUGAGAGUAGAGGGCCAGAUAUGAGAGGUCCAGACAAGAGGGGUGAUAGGAGAGGGCCGGGGUCAGACAUGAGAGGGCCAGAUAUGAGGGGUGAUAGGAGAUGGUCAGGGCCAGACAUGAGCGGUGCAGGAUCAGACAUGUGGGAUGAGAGUACAGGGCCAGAUAUGAGAGGUCCAGGGCAGGACACAAGGGGUGAUGGGAGAUGGCCAGGGCCAGACUCAAUGGGUGAUGGGAGAUGGUCAGGGCCAGACAUGAGAGGUCCAGGGCCAGACAUUAGGGGGAAUAGGAGAGGGUCAGAUAUUAGUCUUGAUAGGAGAGGCCCAAGGCCAGACAUGUUUGGUGAAAGGAGAGGGCCAAACAUGAGAGAUCCAGGGCCUGACACGAGGGGUCCAGGGCUAGACAUGGGUCAAGAAAUGCGAGCCCCAGAUCCAGACAUGAGAAGUCCAGAUAUAAGAGGAGAUCACUUCACAACAAUAAAUCAUUUUGGAGGAUCAAGGGGUGUACAAAGUCCUGGUUUCCAUGGCCCCAGGGGUCCUCGUCCCUCGAGGUUCAACCAGCCCAGAGGCUCAUCUCGAGGGUAUUUCCCAGACAAUGGGGGGCAGCCACGGUUUGACGGUCCACGGCUAGUGGUAAGACCGUUGAGGCCUAAAGGAGGUUUACUCCCCACUCCCCCGGAGGGUCUCAUGAGUUUGCCGAACAACAGCCCAGAUACUUUUAGAGAAGACCAGUGGCGGAACAGUCACUCGCCUGAUACGAGGAGAACAAGCCUACCCAUAGAAGACUGUGAAAUUAGAAACUAUGGAGACAGAGAAAACAACUCUGAAGAACGUGGCCGUGGUGUUAACCCCCGAGAUACGGUUAACUUCCAGGGCACAGCGCCCUGCUUGUCCCAGGGGAGGCAGUUGCCUGAGGACAAUGGGAGAGAGCAGGGUGGCAGUCAUGGAAGACAGGGGGACAGGGGGACAGGUAGGCUUGUGAGUAGGGAGAGAGAAAGGGUUAGAGGGAGCGAAGUAGACCGGCCCAGAGAGGAGGUAGAUGAAAAGCAAAAGACACCCACAGAAAAGGACAGAGACAUUAGCAGAGCCACAAGCAGAGAAGGAGAGGCAAACAGAGAUGUUAGUCUGCACAACCGUUCACUCUCAAAAGACCAUGACCAAGACAUUUUAAAGGAUGUAAGUGGAAAGAAAGAAGAACAAAUGGAGGGAAAGGGUAAAACGGUUGAAUUAACAGAAACGCCCCAGGUAGACACGCCCCAGGACAGCAAAGGGCCUGUUUGACUGGAGACUACUGUUAACAGAAAUGCAUGGACUAAGUUUGAAGUUGGUUCAGUUCAUAAUGUACUACGUAGUCGUUUUCACUACAUCAUAAAACACCCUUAACUUUUUGAAUGUCAUGACUGAACGUACCUUGUUUCAUUCAAUUUAGUUUUAAAAUUGUACAAAUUAUGUGCUUUUCAGAAUUUCCAGAUUAAAACUCAUGUCAAGUCAAACAUAAUAGAUAUGUACAUUGUGUUUAUGGAUAUUUUUUUUGUCUUUUUUUUUUGUAUAAGUCCAAACCUAUUGAGCCAUACUGCUGUCAUCUAUUCACUGAUUAGAAAAAGCCUUCAUGUUGGAUCAUCUCAUGAUAAUUAUGUUUUAGAAUAAACCUUCUUUUUUUUUUUUUUACUCUGUUUUAAUUUGUUGAAUCGAGGCCAAUAAAAACAGUAAAGGAAUGAU